AUGUAAUCUUACCUCUAAUUGUAUAUUCUCAGGGGUUCGUUGUUUUCGAUUUUAUUUUAUACAAGUGUGAUAUUGACAUCUGCGACAUUUGCAACCGCAAUAUACAAUCUUAUCCCAGCAAUGACUUUUGUCAUAGCAGUCCUUCUCAGGUUCGAGAAUUUAUCGUUUGAAAAAGCAAGUGGGAAAGCUAAAGUGAUGGGGACAAUGAUAUGUAUUGGUGGAGCAAUGGUAUUGACAUUAUACAAAGGUUUAGAGGUGCAUAUGUGGCCUAUCAAAAUUGAUUUGUUACAUCAUUCUAAUGAAGCAACGUCACACAAGAAAUUACCUGGCACUUUUGCUUUGGGAAUUGUACUCGCCAUAACCUCUUGCAUUUGUUAUUCACUUUGGAUAGUAUUAUUGGCAAAGGUGAGUAAAAACUACCCAUGCCACUACUCAAGCACAGCGUUGAUGAGCUUAAUGGGAUCUAUUCAGUCAGUCAUAUUUGCAUUAUGCUUCGACAGAGAAAGUGCUCAAUGGAAGCUUGGUUGGGACAGAAGAUUAUUCGUUGUUGUCUAUCUUGGAACAUUAGGGUCUGGAAUUGUGGUAAUUUUGAUGACAUGGUGCUCUCAGAAAAGAGGCCCUCUAUUUGUCUCUGUCUUCAACCCUUUAAUCCUUCUUUUUGUGGCACUGGCUAGUUCUUUACUGCUUGAUGAAACCUUGUAUCUUGGAAGUGUAUUAGGUGGAUUUCUUAUAAUAAUGGGCUUAUAUGUGGUGCUAUGGGGAAAAGGAAAAGACAUGAAAGCCUCAAGGUUUAUAUUAUCCAAGGAAGCUUCCCAAAAAAAUGAUUUAGAAGCUCCUCAAGAUCAAGAGGGACAAGUUACUGGCUCUUCUGCAACAAUAAAGCAAGGCACGCCCCAAUAGGAGUUUAAAAAGUGUUUCUUGGCUAUUCUUCCACAAAAUUAGGAGUGGCAACACCAUUCAAAUGAAGAAAGGAAGUCUAGUUUUGUCAUUUGAUAUAAAUGUGGAACUGUCAAUAUAUUACAUAGCCACUUUAAAUGAUAAUUGUAACAUGUAAGCAAUACCCAUUAAUGGGCAUUCGGCAAUAUAUAGUAGGCAAAAUGAUCAUUGGUAAGUCUUCCAACAUUUUAGUGCAGUUAACUUGUACAUUAUCAACCACUUCCAACAUUUAAGUUUUAUGCA